AUGUCUCCUCCCCAAGAAUUCCGCCGUACCAAGAUAAGUCGUCAGGACUCUGGUUUUGCAGAGAAUGUUGCCUCUAUACCUAGCCACGUGAAGACAUCAUCACGGCCCAGCUCAAAAUCAUCCUCGCAUCAUACUCGGCCGUCAUUGAAUGCCUCCCGAAAAUCACAUUCACGUCCAAAAGACUCCUCUGGCACCUCUUCCUCGGCCUCCAGCGCCACCAGCCGUUCAAAUCCCAAACGUUCCUCAAAAUCUCCACGUGCAUCCCUCUCUCACUCUCGCCCGAGUCUCUCAUCUCGGCACCACCACAGCCAAACAUUGUCAUCGCCACCUCAAUACCAAUUCUUCCACUUCCCAUCACUAUCCGACGACCUAUCCCAAGAAACACCCAGCCCGGCCGCCAACCCACCCCCGCCCCCACCAGCCACAACCCAUUAUUGGACAUCAGACCAAACCCGAAGAUUAGAAUACGCAGCGAUUGACGCAGCAAGUAAAGGAAUCCGAGGAUUCAUAGCACGAUGCAUACCUGAUUGUUUCUUGCCAGUCGACAAGAGAGCAACCAGAUUUUGCGCAGAGAAUAUGCGAGGACGAGAGGAUGAUGCUGGAAGCGUGAGGAGAUAUCGAUUAAUCAUGGAAGAUGAGGAUGACAAUGAGAUGAAAGGGGAAAAGAUGGAGGAAAAGGCAGAGCCGACCAAAACACACAGAAGACGAUGGACUUCCCUUAUUAGACGUUGA